AGACAAAACCAACAACUGCUUUGUCCAUGUCAGUUGAGGAUGACAUGGCGCAUAUGAAGUGUCUAGCGCUGGCGCGCUGAUCCCAGGGUCCAGGUCCCGAAUUCCCCACAAACGUCAUCCGUUCCUCCGACCCAAACAAUUAAACAAGUGGCUGCCUUGCCGCACGCAUGCAAGAAGCAACGGACAGCCAGCUUUCUACAAACCCCAGGCUCGAACAGUAGACAUUGCCAUUUCCUUUUCCUGUGCAACUUCAAGUUUUUUACCCAAAGCUCGUGGCCCAUUGGGACAACUUUACGCAACAGACGGAAGAAGGCAUGGAGAAGCUCAAGGAAGCAGAAACAGCAGCGGCGCAGCGCUUGCGCAAAACGUUCAAAUACCCCUCAGAAUCCGACGACGAAGACACGAUAGAAGCAGGCAUGGAUGAGCAAGAUCGCGCAGCCCUCGUCCAAACCCUCAGCACACACGACACAUCCACAACACACACGUACACGCUCUUUCUCCUCGCGCUUCCUCUGCUUCCCACACUACUCUACAUACCCCGCUUGCUCGCCCUAUCCACCCUUCCAACAAGUUUAGUCGCUGUCGCGAGUCUACUAGCCACGGCGUAUACCUUGUACUUCCUACCCUUACCACCUACACAAAUGGAGCCCAUAGAUGGCGUCGAUGUGACACCUUCCACUUUCCAACAGCCAUCGAGAGGGAAAGGGAAGGGCAAGAAACCCAUGGGCGGAUACGGAAUCUACAACAAGACACCAUCUUGGGAGCAACCGACUGAGAAGAGUGUGAGGCGGCCUGUACCGUAUCUCUCAGAAGACAUGGCAGACAGGAUAGGUGAUUAUAUUGUGCCUAUCAACAGAGCUGUGUGUGGGCUUUUGGCACUGUAUGAGGUGUGGUUGGCACGUGAGUGGAGUGAAGGCUUCAUGAUAGGAGGUGGCUUCUUGCCCGGGGUGAUUUGUCUGAUAAUUCUGUGGGCGAGAACCGAGUUGCGGAUUAUUGACAUGGAUGCGUUGGAGAGGAUUAACGCGGGUGCUGCGCAGGGAAAGGUAAAGUGAAGCCCAGGCGAACUGCUGACUCUGGAGCUCAACUAUGAGAUAGCCACGACAGAGAUACCCAUUGCAGAAGGACAAUGCACAAUGACUUAUGACUAUGACGAAAUAGCGGUAUCAUUAGGUUCUAUGUAUAGGUGGAGGGUACUUAUCCGUGAUCAAUAUCAUGUCGCGUCGAUUGCAC